AUGGCCGAGCAACAGAAGCAGCAGCUUUCCCCCGAGUUGGCCAAGAUGCUGGAAGCCAACCCCGAGCUGGCCAAGAUGCUCGCCACCAGCGCUGGCUAUGUCAACACCUUCCCAGCUCCCGGUCUUCGACGCUCCGUCCGACACAUCACUGGCCACAACGCCGAGGGCAAGGGUGUGUUCAUCAAGACUGACUGUGGUGACCACCACCGUGUCAUUGGUAACGACCAAGCUCUUGCCAACAUCAUCUACUCAACCAAGGAGACUCCCGUUGAGAUGAACGGCGAUGUUGACCUGAAGUUUGCUCUGGAGAACGAGCCUCCUCUGCACUACCACAACGGCUCUGUUUGCCGCAUGAUUGACUUUGCCCCCGGCGUCAUCUCCCCCAUGCAUCGCGCCGUGUCGCUCGACUAUGGUGUCGUUAUCGAGGGAGAGUUCAAGCUGAUUCUCGACUCUGGCGAGUCGCGCAUCCUGCGCCAGGGCGAUGUCAGUGUUCAGCGUGCCAGUGCCCAUCAGUGGGAGAACAUCACUGGUAACGGUCUUUUGCCUGGCCGUAUGCUGUGGGUUCUGCUUGACUGCAAGCCUAUUCUUGUCGAUGGCAAGCCCCUUGGCGAGGAGCUCAACGAGCUUGCACCUUACUAUGAGAACCGAUAA